AUGUUCACGAGGAUAGUACAUCUUUUUAUUGAUUAUUUUAGAUGGCCUAUAGAUCAACCAAUGCUGGACACAUACGAAGAAACAAAUCCCCAAGCAUUUAUUUGCCUAUGGUUCCGUGAAUUCAAAAUAAUGCCAGACUAUCCUGAUAUUGAAAAAAAUCUCAAUAGUAUUUUCAAGACAUUAAAAGUAUUUAUUAGUGAUCGUGUCGAAUUGAUAGGCUUUAUCGGUGAAUGGAAAAAAUCGGAUAUUAAUCAAAAAAUAAUAUGUAUCAUAACACAUUCGUUAGAUACAUGUAUUGUUGAUUGUAUUGGUGAACAGGAUAUUGUACAUAAAAUGUAUAUUCAAAAAAAACACCAUGAUGAUGACAAUCAUUACGAAAAGUGGAUGGAUGCGCACAAAAACAGUUGUGAAAUGUUUACCGAGUAUGACAGUACACUAUAUUCGAUCUUAGCUAAAGAACUAGAUAAUCAGAACAAUAAAGAAAUAUCAAACAACUGUAGUAGAAUAUCAGAAGUCAAAAUAUUUCUACCACCAUUCAGUAUGUUUAGUUCGAAUAUAAAAGAAAAUUCUAUCCGAAAUGUUAGUAAGGAAUCAAUUGCUUUCAUAUGGUUCCAGUUACUAAUUAAAAUUCUUUUGCAUAUUGUUCAUACAGACGAUGCCAAAUAUGAAAUGAUAGAAGAAUGUCAAACAUAUUAUCAAGACAAUGAAAUCGAAUUGCGAAAAAUUUCUAGUUUUGAAGAAGACUAUAAAUCGAAAAAAGCUAUUUGGUGGUAUACUGCUGAUACGUUUUUAUUCCGUUUAAUGAAUAAAGCAUUUCGAAGUGAAGACAUUGACAAAAUCUUUAUAUUUCGAUUAUUUAUUAGCGAUCUUCACAAACAGUUAUCAGAAGAAAUUACGAAUCAAAAGAUAAAUGAACCAACGUCGUUAAAACUCUAUAGAGGAAAAAAGCUUUUUUCUACGGUUAUAUAUAAAUUAAAGAACAGUAUCGAUCAACUUAUUUCAAUGAAUGGAUUUUUAUCUGCUACCAGUGAUAUUGAUGUUGCUCGAAGUUACGCAGGCGAUGGUUGUCUACGUUUAGGAUAUGAAACGGUGCUGUUUGAAUUGGAUAUUAACACAAACCAUCAAAGAGAGUCAUUUGUUGAUAUUACUAAGUUAAGUUGUCAUGAAGAUGAAGGAGAAGUUCUAUUUUUGAUUGGUGAAAGUGAUAAAGCUGUAAAAUAUUACACUAAAGCAUUAAACGAUUGUAUGCCAGAUGAUGAAGAACAAAAAGAUAUUAUUUAUAAUAAUCUUGGAAUAUUGUAUUAUAAAAUGAAUCAGCCUCAUCUAGCUUUUCUAUAUUUUGAAAAGACGAAAAUAUCAAAAUCAUAUUCUCCGUUGUCCGAUGAUAUUUGCCUAAGACGAAAAACAUCUUGCGAACAGUUGAAAGGUACUAACCAACAAAUUGCACGUUCUUAUUAUAAAAAUAUUCAUAGAAUUGUUCUAAAAGGUUUACCAGCCCGUCACUCAUCACUUAUCAAAUCGUAUAAUAAUCGUGGACUUGUACAUCAUAAAUGUGGAAACUAUGAUGAGGCACUAAAAGAUUAUGAAGAAGCACUUGAACAUGCUUCCAGAGAUGACUCAUUAGAAGCUAAACAGGAUUGCUCAGCAAUCUAUAAUAAUAUCGGAGGUUGGUACUAUAGCAAAUGUGAUUAUGAAAAAGCAGUGAUUAAUUACGAGAAAGCUAUCACUAUAGCAAAGGAAAUAUUUCCAGAAAACCAUGUCUGGCUUCAAGAUUACAUGAAAAAUCAUGAGGUAUCACAACAUCGCCAAAGGUUAGCAAUAAAAGCGAAGUAAGAGCAUUAUGUCAACAAGUAUACAUAUCUUUGUGAACCAGUUGUUGAACUCCACUCACUUUCUAGAAAUACAAUUUUUUUGUAAAAUAUGUAGAAUAGCGUUAGCAAGGGAUCUACUAUCAAACUCCAUAAUCAUCUGAACUUUGUCGAGGAUUUUUAGAAAGUUUUAUAACGCUUUGAAAAACUGGCUUCUCGGCGAGCUGAGUUGACAUCAGCCGAAGUAAGAAAUAUUUUCAAGCAUGCUAAUAUUAUAGUUAUAUUGUAGUUAAUAACAUUUCUAAUCAAAAUGAAAUGCUUCGUGACUUUAGGCGAUGUGAUUACCAAAAGUUUCAAGAGUUUUGCUAUAAGCGCCAAAAUAUGUAUCAGAUCCUAGCACUGCUGUACCACGAGAACGAUUCUCGUCUUUCCAGACAGUAUUUGCUCUUCAGUAUGGUGAUGGUUUUGAUUUGAUAUUUGCAACAUUUCGCAUUCACAGGAAUUCUCUGUCGAAUCGAAUGCCAGAGAGCUUGUAUAGCACGUAAGAUGAAGUUAACACAUAUGUCUAGAUGCUAAUAGACCCUAGGGAUUGAACGGUGACGAUUACCGUAGCUUAACCGUUAACGGACAAACAUUACCGAUAGCAGGUAGUUCGCAAACAAUAAUUAAUUAACAUUUUCUCUAUGAAGGAAGGAUUUCUGCGACUCUAGCUGGGAACAUGGAUUAUAGUAAAUUUCCUUUCUUUAAAAGCAUAUGCUGCAGCCGGGCUUCUAAAAGCCGGACUUCAUGAUAAAAGACAAUUUUAUGUUUUUCGCCAAGAGGAUCGAGUUGUAGAGAAUUGUGUGUAGCGGAUGAAAAUUAGGAAAUUAAAUUUGCCACAAAACUAUCACUAGGCUCAAGUUUGAGAAACAUUACCUUUACAAUGAACAAUCAGAAAACGCACUUUUUUCGCUAUUUUCCAGUUGCUUAUUUUGAAGGAAUCGUUUCUCAAAUUUGAGCCUAGUGAUAGUUUUGUGGCAAAUUACCUAAUUUUCAUCUGCUACACACAACUCUCUACAACUCGAUCUUCGUGGGAGAAAACACAAAAAAACGUUUUUUAUCAUGUUCUUUCACGACUCUAGAUUGUUUUAAAGCCUUCAAACAAUUUUUUCGGAUUCAGCGUUAAAAACUGAAUAGAAAAGUAGUGUUUGAUCAAUUUCGAAGUUAAAAAUCUGUCAAGCGCGACGUCUCAAACCAGCCCUCUAAAGUAUAGGCAUCAGAGACCGAAACGGGUCGGGUCGGGUUCGGGUCAAUGUAAAAAAUAUUGGUUCGGGUCGGGUCGCCUUCGGGUUAAAGUACAAAAUAUUGAUUCGGGUUGGGUCAAAGCAAAAAAAAUUCGGGUUUUAUUCGGAACUUGCCACUAGAACACAAAUCAGGAGAGUUUCGUCGGUUGCAAUUCACUCUUCUAUUUUCAAACAUAUGUCUUUUUUAUCAAAAAGAGAAGUACAAUGUUUUUUCCUUUCUGCUAUGACGCUGUGUAAUGUACAGUCUCGUACUGUUAAAGCAAAGAAAGAAAAGAAAGAUAUAUAGAAAAACGUGUUUAGUAAUUCUCGUUCGUAUACAGCAUUGUUUUUUG